AAGAGCAUGCUGGGAACGGUAGAGCGGCGGAGACGCUCAGGGAGGGGUGGGGCCACAUCCGGGAGGGACACUAGUCACCAUUCCUACCUCUACCGCCACUCUUUAUCACUCCCUGCUUGUCGGUCGCAGAGCCUAAAGUUAAACGCUAGCCAUGAAUCUUCCUUUCCACGGCCGUCAGAGUCGCACCUGAAGGUCUUAAGAAGCUGCCCUAGGCACAGUAGCAAUAAGGAACUCAGGACAAUGGAAGAGCGGAAAGUGAAGAGGAGGAGCCCUAAGUCCUUUAGUGCCCACCCUGCUCAGGUUGUUAAUGCCAAAAAAAAUGCCAUUCCAGUAAGUAAAAGCACAGGGUUUUCAAAUCCUGCAUCACAGUCAACUUCACAGCGACCAAAGUUAAAAAGAGUGACGAAAGAGAAGACCAAACCUCAGGCUGGAGAAGGGAAGGGAGCUCAGUCGACGCCGAUCCAACACUCCUUCCUCACCGAUGUCUCAGAUGUGCAGGAGAUGGAGCGAGGGCUCCUCAGUCUUUUGAAUGAUUUCCACUCAGGAAAGCUUCAAGCCUUUGGAAAUGAGUGUUCCAUAGAACAGAUGGAACACGUUCGGGGAAUGCAGGAAAAACUAGCCCGCUUGAAUCUGGAGCUGUACGGGGAGUUAGAGGAGCUUCCUGAGGACAAGAGGAAGACAGCGAGUGACGCCAAUCUAGACCGGCUGCUGUCUGAUUUAGAAGAAUUGAACUCUUCUAUACAAAAACUCCACUUGGCAGAUGCACAAGAUGUUCCAAACACUUCAACCAGCUGAACUGAAAUGCGGUCCACGUUCCUGGGAUUUGCAGCAAAGCUGCAUUCUUUACUUUUCCAGCUGAAUCCAGUAGCGAAUCAUCUCGCACCACAGGAAUUACAGUAAUUAAAGUGCCAGUGCAACGAUUGUUUCCACACACUGCUCUUAGUAAGUCCGCUUGCUGUUGUGCACCGCUGGUGCAGGUCUAGGGCUGGCUGAGAACUCGUCCAUCAGGAGAUAUCAUGCGGGGCUGCUGCUCGCUUCCUGCUGUUGCCUUAUGGGUUCUACUUGAAGUGCAUUGUGCUCAAAGUGCUCGCCAGGGCUGCAGGCCGCGCCCUCCCUGAGCUGCCACUUCCCUAGUGAAGACCCUAAGUUGAUGGAGCGCAAGCUUCUGUGGCAGCCCAGCUUCUGUUUACCUUAGACAAUCAGUGCACAUAUAAGGGUGUACUCCAGUGGCCAGUGACAACAAAAUGUUAAAUGAGUAUUUGUGAGAUUUGCUAUUUUUAAUAAAGUGAUUGAUUUAAAUUCA